AUGAAGAGCCUCAUCUUCAUAGGCGCUAUGGCCCUUGGCCUAGCAUCUGGCCAUGAAUAUCCCGACUGUGAGCACGACAACUGCUACAGGAAUCUCAUUGACACGCGUUUCAAUGGCGAAGGUUUCUGUUUCGAGUUUCUUUCGGGCACUACCACUGCCCCUUCUGCUAUCCCCACGGAUUUCAGUAAUUGCCAGGGCGAUGUGACCAGGGUUUCCUCCGCUUGUUCUUGCAUCACUUACACGGCAACACACACGAGCGUGCCUCCCACGUCUACCCCUUCUACUGAGACCGUUCCAAGCACGGAAUCGACUACUCCAUCAUAUACCAAACCAACCCACACCAAGCCAACUCACACUAAGCCUACGGAGACUGAGACUACCCCUUCAUAUACCAAGCCUACUCACACGAAGCCGACUCACACUAAACCUACACACACCAAGCCUACGGAGACGGAGACUACUCCCUCCUACACUAAACCAACUCACACUAAACCAACCCACACCAAACCAACUCACACCAAGCCUACGGAGACGGAGACUACUCCCUCCUACACCAAGCCAACUCAUACCAAGCCUACCCAUACCAAGCCUACACACACCAAGCCUACUGAGACUGAAACCACCACUCCUUCUCACACUCACACAAAACCAACCCAUACUAAACCAACUCAUACCAAGCCUACCCACACCAAGCCUACACACACCAAGCCCACAGAGACCGAGACUACUACUCCCUCUCACACCAAACCUACGCACACUAAACCAACCCACACAAAGCCAACUCACACCAAGCCAACCCACACAAAGCCUACUCACACUCAGCCUACAAACACUCCCCCAACUCAUACGAAGCCUACGCAUACCAAGCCUACGCACACCAAGCCAACGGAAACCCAGCCUACAGAGACCCAACCCACAGAGACCAAGCCCUCGCACACCAAACCUACUCACACCAAGCCUACACACACCAAGCCAACGGAGACUCAACCUACAGAGACCAAGCCUACAGAGACUCAACCUACGGAGACCAAACCCUCGCACACCAAGCCUACACAUACCAAGCCCACACAUACCAAGCCAUCUCACCCACCACCUCCUCCUACUACCACAGAGUGGACAACCUCAACUAUUUACACAACCACUUGUAUCACCAUCACUACCUGCCCUCCUGAGGUACCAAACUGCCCUGGUACCACGACCACCAUCACUACCACAAUUCCCGUGACCACGACGGUGUGCCCUGUCACUAGCCAGCCUGCGACCACCAUUGUGGAGAGCUCCCACAAGGCUCCAGUUCCAUCUUCUGCCCCGCCUGUUGUUGUGAGCUCAACCUUUGUGACGAUUCCAGUCACCAAGUCGGAGAAGUUUGAGGCACCAGCUCCUUCAAGCUCGGCACAGCCAACACAGCCCACGCAGCCGGCCCAGACAACGCAGCCGGCCCAAACAACACAGCCUGCCGUACCCGCCGGGGCUAGUCAAGUUAGCGCCGCGGUCCAGAUUGCCUUCAUUGCCGCUGGUCUGGUAGCUCUCAUGUAA